UCAUGUUAAGAAUUGUUCAUAAAUUAAGAAGUGGGUUUGCAAAAAUGACAGUCAGAGAAGCCAUAAAUAGUGCAAUGGCUUAAGAAAUUGAAAGAGAUCCAAAUGUCUUUUUGAUUGGUAUUUUAUAAGAAAUUACAAUCUUUUAGGAGAGGAAGUUGGUUAAUAUUAAGGUGCUUAUAAAGUAUCUAAAGGUCUCUAUGAUCGUUUUGGAAAGAGUAGAAUCUGGGAUACUCCAAUAACAGAAGCUGGAUUUACAGGUUUAAGUGUUGGAGCUUCUAUGUAAUAAUUACCUCAUCUUUUUAUAGGUAUGGACUUAAACCCAUAGUUGAAUUUAUGACAUUCAAUUUUGCAAUGUAAGCCAUUGAUCAUGUAAUCAAUUCAGCAGCCAAACUGCAUUACAUGAGUGCAGGUGGUCUGAAAACAUCUAUAGUAUUUAGAGGAAUCAAUGGGUAUGAUAUGUGAAUUUAUUGAUUUUUUUAGAGCAGCUGCAUCAGUGGCUGCUUAACAUUCGCAAUGUUUUGCUGCUUGGUAUAGUUAAGUACCAGGUUUGAUUGUAUUAUCUCCCUAUGAUUGUGAAGAUGCCAGAGGUCUCUUGAAAGCAGCAGUCAGAGAUCCUAAUCCAGUAGUUUUUCUUGAAAAUGAAAUCAUGUAUAAUGAAGCAUUUGAAGUCCCAGACAAUGUUAUGGAUAAGGAUUACUUGAUACCAAUUGGAAAAGCUAAAAUCAUGAAGGAAGGAAAAGAUGUGACAAUUGUAACAUUUUCUAAAAUGGUCAAGUAUGAGAAUGAAUUAACUUGAGAUUUUCAAUGUUAGCUGCUGCAGAACUAGAAAGAGAAGGAAUUUCAUGUGAAGUUAUCAAUCUCAGAACUUUGAAACCUUUAGAUAGAAAUACAAUUUUAGAAAGUAUCAAGAAGACUCACAGAGUGGUUACUGUUGAAGAAGGAUGGGGACAAUGUGGUAUUGGAGCAGAAAUCUGUAGUAUCAUCAAUGAAUGUAUUAAAUUUUGAUAUCUAAAGCUAAUGCAUUCUUCCAUUUGGAUGCACCUGUUGUUAGAGUGACAGGGGCUGAUAUCCCAACACCAUAUGCAUUUAAUUUAGAAGAACUUAGUUUCCCUAAAGCACACAAUAUUGUAGAGGCAGUUAAGUUGGUAUUAAAGUGAU